AGAUUCACACGUCUAUGUUCACAACAAGGACUUCUCGCCCCGCGUGCUCUUGUGUGUAUAACUAGUAAGUUUUUAAACAUCAAGAAAUUUUAUAUCAUUCAUUUUCUAUGCAAAGUUAAACAAUAUUGGCACAGAGAGAAGCUGACACGUUUUGGCGUCGUGUGAGGGCUACAUUUAUCGGAGCUGUUGUCCUGUAUGUGUGUGAAGGGCAUGACGGGGCGGGUGGUGUUGGGGUCUGUCCAGACCCUGCGACUCCUGAAUCGGGUUGCUACUACCUGCAUUCUCGCUACCCGGUGUGAGCCUACACUACAGGAAAUCCCCGGUGCCGUGUUUCCGCUGUGGAGGACGCUUCACCAGAGCCCCGCCUUGUGUGCAGGUCACAAUAAGUGGUCAAAGGUGAAACAUAUUAAAGGCCCCAAAGACGAGGAGAGGUCACGACUUAUUAUGAAGUUUGGCUUGAUGAUAAAGACUGCUGUGAAAGAGGGUGGACCCAAUCCAGACAUGAAUGUAAAUUUAGCAAACAUCCUGGAGCAGUGCAGGAACAAGAACAUACCAAAAGCAUCCAUAGAGGCUGCAAUAAAGAAUGCAGGCAAGCCAGCAUCUCCGUACAUGCUUGAAGCUCGAGGACCAGGCGGAUGCUUUCUCCUAAUUGAAGUCUUGACUGACCAGCCCCCACGCAGCCAGCAAGAAGUCAGACGUGUCCUCACUAAAAAUGGUGACACAGCGCCUCACGCCACUACAGAGAGUGGGAUGCUCUCACAGGGAGUAAGCGGUAACUUCUCCAGGAGGGGGGUGGUGGUGGUGCCUGGUCAGAACAUCACAUUGGAUCGAGCGCUGGAACUGGCCAUCGAGGCUGGUGCAGAGGACGUCGAGGAGACGACGGAUGAGGAUGAUGCUCCCAUUCUGCAGUUUAUAUGUGACACUGUGGACCUGUGGAAGGUGCAGGCCUCACUACAGCGGUUGGGAAUGCAGGUGACGUCCGUCGCCUGCGAGUUUGUUCCUCGCACCAUCUUGCCUCUGGACCAGGAGCAGCUGGAUGCGGCUUCCACACUCAUAGAGGCCCUCAGUGAUGUUCCGGAUGUGGUUCGCAUUUGGGAUAACAUCCAGGUUUCAAGCUGAGAGACUGUGGACACUUUCACACAGAAAGAACUGAUACAUUACAGUGCAGUCAAGGAAAAACAUCAAGAGAUGCCUUGAACACACACCAACUUUCUGCAAUUUUGACCCGGUUGGCCUUCCCAAUUUAACAACUAUUUUGUGGGAGAACCAGGGGAAAAACAUUCAUUUGAUCUUAUUUGUUUUUGUACAGAUGUGCUGAAUAGAAAUAAAGGGGGAAAAAACAACCAAAAA